GAUACUAUUCUUUCUUCCAUCCUCUUCUACCAAAAACCUCAAAAACCCCUCAAAACGCGUCUCAAACCCUAAAACAGUCUUCGGAGCUCUCUCCACAAACUUUCUCCAUGGGAACUCCAGAGACUUCUAGGGAGCCUUGUCCAGAUCGUAUCCUCGACGACAUCGGCGGCGCCUUCGGCAUGGGUGCCGUUGGCGGCUCCGCUUUCCACUUCCUCAAAGGCGUCUACAACUCUCCCCAGGGAGCACGACUCGUUGGCGGCUCUCAAGCCGUGAGGAUGAACGCUCCUCGAGUCGGCGGAAGCUUCGCCGUAUGGGGUGGUUUAUUCUCCGCCUUCGACUGUACCAUGGUCUACGUCCGCCAAAAGGAGGAUCCUUGGAACUCGAUCAUAGCCGGCGCCGCCACAGGUGGAUUUCUCCAGAUGCGUCAGGGUUUCCGCGCGGCUUCUCGAUCGGCUGCGUUUGGUGGCGUUUUAUUGGCUCUGAUCGAAGGAGCUGGGAUCAUGCUCAAUAAAGUCCUUAGUCAACAACAACCAAUGCCUAUUAUAAUUGACGAACCAGCUCCUAAUAUGGCAGGAAUGCCUGGGUUUCCUCCUUCAAGCCAGUUACCGGGUCGGUUACAGGCUCCGGAGGUAGCUGCCGCAACCGGGUCUGCUUCGGAUUCGGGUUCGGGUUCUUGGUUUGGAGGGUGGCUCGGUGGUGGAGACAAGAAGGAGCAGCAAGGAGCGAGUAGUAGUGGAAGCGAAACGAAGAUAUUGGAGAGCUUUGAUGCGCCCCCAGUGCCUAGCUUCGAGUACAAGUAAUUUGAGUUUUUUGAUUUGAGAAAGAUUGGAUUUGAAAAAGAGAAGAAAAAAAAUUAAGUAUACCAGCAUAAAUUUUAGGUUUUGUUUUAGUUUUAUGUUCUUUUUUUUUUAUGGGAACUACUAAUUUGUGCUGCAAAAUUUAGUUUUGAAAUAUAGUUACUUAUGAUGAAUGAUGAUUGUUCCUUCAAUAUAAUUAAUUGUUAACAAUUCUUUUUUCCUUGUACCA